UCUCGCCUUUUAAUCAUGCCCCUCUGUCUGUGUGUGAGUGCAGGCAGGCUGACAAUGAUUUCCUCAGUGAUUACGUACAGAGCGAGUCCCUGCGGGUUAGGGGCCCCCUCUGGAGCCAUCCUGAUGGCUUUGGGGGCCUUGCUUCCAUUUUCCAUUAUUAUGUGGACUACCGGAGCGACAGCGCAGUCCAAGACCUUGCAGCUGUUUGCUUUUAGGAUGUCUCGCCGCAAGCAAGCUAAACCAAGAUCACUCAAAGAAACUCAGAUUCUAGAAACAACCAGUUGUAUGAAGCCUUGGGGUUGGCGGAGGAGGAAAAGAGUAGAAGAAAGUGAAACAGAGGACCAGCAGGCAGGUGUGGGACUAACAGCCGCACAGACUGACCCUAACUGUACACUAGAAGACAAGGCAGAAGAUGGAGAAGUGCUAGACUGUAAGAAAAGGCCAGAUGAAGGGGAGGAGUUAGAAGAAGAAGCUGUGCACAGCUGUGACAGCUGCCUCCAGGUGUUUGAGUCACUGAGUGAUAUCACAGAACACAAGAUUAAUCAAUGUCAACUGACAGAUGGAGUGGAUGUUGAGGAUGACCCCACUUGCUCAUGGCCAGCAUCAUCACCUUCUAGCAAGGACCAAACUUCCCCAAGCCAUGGAGAAGGUUGUGAUUUUGGUGAAGAGGAAGGAGGUCCAGGGUUGCCCUAUCCGUGCCAGUUUUGUGACAAAUCGUUCAGUCGCCUCAGCUACUUAAAGCACCACGAGCAAAGUCACAGUGACAAGCUUCCUUUCAAAUGCACGUAUUGCAGUCGUCUCUUCAAACACAAACGGAGCAGAGACCGCCACAUAAAGCUUCAUACAGGAGACAAGAAGUAUCACUGCAGUGAGUGUGAUGCAGCAUUCUCAAGGAGUGAUCAUCUUAAAAUUCACUUAAAGACUCAUACGUCCAACAAGCCAUAUAAGUGUGCCAUUUGUAGACGUGGAUUCCUGUCAUCUAGUUCACUGCAUGGUCACAUGCAGGUUCAUGAGAGGAACAAAGACGGCUCUCAGUCUGCUUCCCGGAUGGAUGACUGGAAAAUGAAAGACACUCAAAAAUGCAGUCAGUGCGAAGAAGGCUUUGAUUUUCCUGAAGAUCUUCAGAAGCACAUCGCAGAAUGUCACCCCGAGUGUUCCCCUAAUGAAGACCGAUCGGCUCUUCAGUGUGUUUACUGUCAUGAACUCUUUGUAGAGGAAACAUCUCUGAUGAAUCACAUGGAGCAGUCUCAUAAUGGUGAGAAGAAGAACGCAUGCAGCAUUUGCUCUGAGAACUUUCAUACUGUGGAGGAGCUGUACAGCCACAUGGACAGUCACCAGCAGCCAGAGUCGUGCAACCACAGCAACAGCCCAUCUUUGGUAACUGUGGGCUACACCUCAGUCUCUAGCACCACUCCAGAUUCCAAUCUCUCAGUGGACAGUUCAACAAUGGUAGAAGCAGCUCCCCCUAUACCAAAAGGUCGUGGAAGGAAGCGGGCAGCUCAGCAAGUGCCAGAUAUCACUGGUCCUUCAAGUAAACAGCCAAAAGUUACCUAUAGCUGCAUUUAUUGCAACAAACAGUUGUUUUCCAGCCUUGCAGUUUUGCAGAUACACCUGAAAACUAUGCAUUUAGAUAAACCCGAACAAGCCCAUAUCUGUCAGUAUUGUUUGGAGGUAUUGCCAUCUCUCUACAAUCUGAAUGAACAUCUUAAACAAGUCCACGAAGCUCCGGACCCAGCACUGAUUGUUUCUACCAUGCCUGCCGUGGUGUACCAGUGCAACUUCUGCUCUGAAGUGUUCAAUGACCUCAACACCCUUCAGGAACACAUCCGAUGUUCUCAUGGAUUUGCCAACCCUGCUGCUAAGGACAGUAAUGCUUUCUUUUGUCCCCAUUGCUACAUGGGUUUUCUUACAGAUUCUUCUCUGGAAGAGCAUAUUAGACAAGUCCAUUGUGAUCUUAGCAGUUCCCGUUUUGGUUCUCCUGUGCUUGGAACCCCAAAAGAUCCAGUGGUGGAAGUGUAUUCUUGUUCCUACUGUACAAAUUCUCCAAUAUUUAAUAGUGUUCUUAAACUGAACAAGCAUAUCAAGGAGAACCAUAAGAACAUUCCUUUGGCAUUGAAUUACAUCCACAAUGGAAAAAAAUCCAGAGCCAUGAGUCCCUUAUCUCCUGUAACCAUUGAGCAGACCUCUUUAAAGAUGAUGCAGGCAGUUGGAGGUGCUCCUCCUCGUCCUGCAGGUGAAUAUAUUUGUAAUCAGUGUGGUGCUAAGUAUACUUCCUUGGAUGGUUUUCAGACUCAUUUAAAAACACAUCUUGACACCGUCCUGCCAAAACUGACUUGCCCUCAGUGCAACAAGGAAUUUCCAAAUCAGGAGUCUCUGCUGAAGCACGUUACCAUUCAUUUCAUGAUCACCUCAACCUACUACAUCUGUGAAAGCUGUGACAAGCAGUUCACUUCUGUGGAUGACUUGCAGAAACACCUACUGGACAUGCAUACAUUUGUGUUCUUCCGCUGUACCUUGUGCCAAGAGGUUUUUGACUCCAAAGUCUCCAUUCAGCUACAUUUGGCUGUGAAGCACAGCAACGAGAAGAAGGUAUACAGAUGUACGUCUUGCAACUGGGAUUUCCGCAAUGAGACUGACCUACAGCUUCAUGUUAAACACAACCACCUGGAGAACCAAGGCAAAGUACACAAGUGUAUCUUCUGUGGUGAGUCCUUUGGUACAGAGGUGGAACUGCAGUGUCACAUUACUACGCACAGCAAGAAGUACAAUUGCAAGUUCUGCAGCAAAGCUUUCCAUGCUAUCAUCUUGCUGGAAAAGCACUUAAGGGAAAAACAUUGUGUUUUUGAAACGAAAACUCCAAACUGUGGAACGAAUGGAGCAUCUGAGCAGGUUCAGAAAGAGGAAGUGGAACUGCAGACCUUGUUGACAAAUAGCCAGGAGUCCCAUAACAGCCACGAUGGCAGCGAAGAAGAUGUGGACACAUCUGAGCCUAUGUAUGGCUGUGACAUUUGUGGAGCAGCUUAUACCAUGGAGACUCUCCUGCAAAAUCACCAACUUCGAGAUCAUAACAUUCGACCUGGAGAAAGUGCCAUAGUGAAGAAAAAGGCUGAACUUAUUAAAGGGAAUUACAAGUGUAAUGUGUGUUCUCGAACAUUCUUCUCUGAAAAUGGACUCCGAGAACACAUGCAGACACACCUGGGACCAGUGAAACAUUAUAUGUGCCCAAUCUGUGGUGAGCGGUUCCCAUCUCUUCUGACUCUUACUGAACAUAAGGUCACACAUAGUAAGAGCCUGGAUACGGGAAACUGCAGGAUUUGCAAGAUGCCCCUCCAGAGCGAGGAAGAAUUUUUAGAGCAUUGCCAAAUGCACCCUGACUUAAGGAACUCCCUGACGGGGUUCCGCUGUGUGGUGUGCAUGCAGACAGUGACCUCCACGCUGGAACUGAAAAUCCAUGGCACGUUCCACAUGCAGAAAACUGGAAAUGGUUCUGCUGUGCAGUCCACGGGGCGCACACAGCAUCUCCAGAAACUGUACAAGUGUGCUUCUUGCCUGAAGGAAUUCCGUUCAAAGCAGGAUUUAGUGAAACUUGACAUCAAUGGUCUGCCAUACGGUCUGUGUGCUAGCUGUGUUAAUCUCAGUAAAAGUGGUAGUCCAAGUGUCAACAUCCCUUCAAGCAGUAACAGACAAGGCAUGGGCCAAAAUGAGAACUUGAGUUCCAUUGAGAACAAAAGCAAGGCAGGGGGACUGAAGACUCGAUGUUCUAGUUGCAAUGUUAAAUUUGAAUCAGAAAGCGAACUCCAAAACCAUAUUCAGUCAAUCCACAGAGAACUUGUUCCAGACAGCAACAGUACACAGCUGAAAACACCACAAGUAUCUCCAAUGCCCAGAAUCAGCCCCUCCCAAACUGAAGAGAAGAAGACCUACCAGUGCAUCAAAUGUCAGAUGGUUUUCUACAAUGAAUGGGAUAUCCAAGUUCAUGUUGCAAACCACAUGAUUGAUGAAGGACUGAACCAUGAAUGCAAACUCUGCAAUCAGACGUUCGACUCUCCUGCCAAACUUCAGUGCCACCUGAUAGAGCACAGCUUUGAAGGCAUGGGAGGUACCUUCAAAUGUCCAGUGUGCUUUACAGUGUUUGUCCAAGCGAACAAGUUGCAGCAGCAUAUUUUCUCAGCCCAUGGACAAGAGGACAAGAUCUAUGACUGCACACAGUGUCCACAGAAGUUCUUCUUCCAAACAGAGCUGCAGAAUCAUACGAUGACCCAGCACAGCAGUUAGUGCAAGGCCCAUCUUUCCCAGAGGAUUCUUUGUGGCACAAAAAGGGAACAUGUUUUACUCUUUGCACGAAACUUUCAUUGUUAAUGUAUAUUAUUCAGAAACAUUGUAUUGUACCAUAAAACCUGUAUUACCGAAACUGUUGGAUGUUCAUGUGUUUGAACUUUUGAGCACCGGAUAGACUUCCUGUAUAUAAAGUGUUGCACAUGUAUUAUGUUGUCUGAUACUAAAAUGGUCUUAUAAAGACAAGUGGACUUGGGCCCUAUUCAAGAAGAUACAAAUAAUAAUAAUAAUACUGUGUGAGGGGGAAAAAAUAGCUUAAGGAAAAGUGUCAUUUUCAAGGAGGAGAGUGAAGGUAAUAGCUAUGUUCCAUUACAGCUCUGUUUGGCCUUCCUUUCAUUUAAACUUCAGUCUAGAAAUCUCUCUUUUGGUAUACAAACGGAUGAAUCUAAGACUAUUUUUUAUUGCUGAAGAUUCUUGCAAAAAACAUGAAGAGACUUUCUCACAGAGGGAACCCACAGUUGAAUAAGGCCCGUAUAUAUAUUUGUAAGCCUUGCGAUAUGACAGAUAGCAUUACCAUAUAUGCAAUAGUUGUUAUGUAGAUUGUCAAAGAAAUUUUUUUUCUGGAUACCAUUUGAAGCUUUGAGUGUUCAAGACUUUCCUUAAUGAUUUCACAUGGCCAAAUUCUUGAAUCAGUUGAACUAACCUGUAUGUUACUGUUAUUAAUGUUUACUCUGCGGUCUGAACCUGGAGAUUACUGGAAUUGUUUUCCAAAAGGAAAUAAAUUCAGUUUACCAUUAUGUGUGAGCGUGCUUGUAUCUUGUCUUUUUCCUUGGAAAGUAGCAUUAUUUUUACUGUUUCUGUAGUACUUAAUGCAUGACUGAGAUCUCGAUUCCCAUUGUAUAAGGACCGAUACGCUGCUCAGUAGGAGUAGGUCACUUUUCCCAGAGCUAAGCAUUUAAAUAAAUGUAAUUGUAGAAACAGAUCUGCUGGUCCACUGCAAAGCAGUGUGUGCUUGAGGGUAAUAGUCACUGAUUUCUUAUUUUGUUUGUUAGUUUCUUUUAUUUGGCAGUCUCAACAAUUUCAUACCUGUACACUUGACAUGAUGAUUGCCAGAGAAGUCACCACACAUCUUCUGUGCAUGAUUAUUGGUGUAUUUCAGUGUGAUAUUAUUUAGUGAGUUAGGUCUAGUACUGACAACUGGGAGCGACAGCAGCUUUGCCAGUAGCACUGUUAGCCUCACAUCCCUCACCCUCUUUUUUUGACAGGGGUAGCAGAAGUGAAGGUAGUGCACAUCAUGGGGUGAUGCUCACUAGCACCAUGGCCCCAGGGGAAGUGUCAGAAGACCUCACAGCUUUGCUUGGGUCUGAAUUGGCUCCUGGCUGCCUGCAAUUUUAAGAAGAAAAAAGAAGGGAAUAAAAACUCUCCUUCCCUACCAGUAUCCCCCUACUACUGCAGCUGACCUAUGAAAGAGGACCAAAAACCAUUCUCCAGCUAUUUUAGUAUCUUAUCCUAUUGCUUGAAUUGCUGGUUUGUCCCAUGGAAAUCCGUGUUGCUGAAAUACUGCAGUUAAAGAGCUGCACAUCACGACAGUCCAAAUGGCUGGAGUUGCUCACCUAUUGCUGUCAGGGUAGAUAUAAAGUGUGAUUUCCAGUUUGCUGAAUGUCACUUUUUGACUCUUCACAGAUGGAAGAUGGAGAUGAAAGAAGUAAAGUCUGAAAGUCUCUGGUUACCAGAUAUUCCAAGAAAAAAAAGUGUUGUGUUUAAAAUUUCAGCUUUGAGAAUAUCAUGCAUAUUUUGCCAAAUACAAAAAAGAAAUUCCUGGGUUUUGUAUGAAUAUCUCAUUUGUGCUGACAAAAGGAUAAAUACAGCCAUGAGUACACAAGGCUUGUAAAAUGCCAGUUCUAUUUAUAAGUCAGAAACUGUUCCCAUUCUUAUUAAUAUAUUACUCAUCUCAGCCAAAUUGAAUGUGAUGAUAUGUUCUUUAUUUUUGACAGAUACCUUAAAGGAUAUAAGACAUUUCAGCCUUCAUGUGUGAAAGUGUGACAUAUUGGUUAAGACUGAAAAUAACAUGUUUCUAGUAGAGUUCAACUAUAUAAGAAAUAUUACACCCUACUGUUUUUGUAAAUGCCAGUGUGCCACUGAGUUGAGACAGAUGGUAGCUGGGAAAGAUGCAAUCUUAUAAUCAAAAGCUAAAAUAUGUCAAAAAUAUGUUAGCAAGCAAAACAUACCAUAUUACUAGCGUCUCAUGUCAUGACAGCUUGCAAAACAUGCAAUGUUGAAUUUCUAGAUAUGUAAAUAAAGGAACAGUAAACAGCAACAGCAAAGAUGAUGAAGACUUUAUGUAUCGAUUGUUCCUUCAGGUCGUUGUGGGGGAAUGGUGGGGUCUUAUGGCCACAGGGAGCCCCAGGUGGCUUCUAAGAGCUGGUUGCUAGUAUCAAGUACUGGAAUCCUCUUACCUUUUCUAAAGUAACAGGUUUCUCAAUGAUACCUAAAUAGCUGUUAAAAUAGAUUAUGGAAGACAUCUGAACUUCCCAGUGCGAACAGAGUAUUCCUUGGGGAAUUGCCAUAGCGUUUAGAAGAAUCAA